ACGCCUUCUUACGGAAUACAAUGGAAACAGAAUCAGCUGACUCUGUCUUCCAAGCGUCAAUUGCGUAUUUAUAAAUAACGUAGUGUUCAAGUGUAUCGCAGAGUGGAAGUUACUCUUCGGUAACGAAACGUUAGAAUGGUAGAUAUGAAAACUAAUGUAAGUUUCGCGUGUCAGCGGUGUCUUCAACCUCUUCGAUUAGAUCCGAGUUUCUAUCAUCUCGAUGAACAUACGAUAGCAGAACUUUCACUUCCCAUCCAACAACAAGUGGUGGGAGAGAUAGAACCCCAAAGUGGAAGUAUAGAAAAUUUAGUUCCACCAUUCAGAUUAACAGAAUCUGCAAAUGGAACUAAUGGAUUCAUGUUAGUUGGGGAUUCUGGGGAAACAGAGACACUCAGUCAUCACUUAAAGGUACGAGCAACAUUGUUUGAUAUUCUUAGUAGUAGUAGCUCUGCUGAUCAUCCUCUCUGUGAUGAGUGCACAGACAGUCUUCUGUUGUUAGUCGAUCAACAGUUAAGGAUGAAUGAAGGAGAAUGGUCAGAUUACAAUGAGUACCUAAAAAAAUUAGAAAUAGAACAACAACAACAGGGACACGAAGAUGUAGAAAUGGAAACUCUUGCCAAAGAGCUGCAGGAUGUCAGGUCAGAGGAAGAGAGAAUGAUAAAUGAAUUGGAAGCAUUGAGAAAGGAAGAAAUUGCAACUAGGAAUGCGAUAGUUGAACAAGAAAGGGAAAGGGAAAGAUUACAGAGAGAAGAAGAAAGAUAUUGGAAAGAGUACUCGAAACACAAAAGAGAUCUCAUAUUGGCAGAAGAUGAAUAUCGUAGUCUGGAAUGCCAGUUAGCCUAUGCAGCUUCUCAACUAGAGAGACUGAAGAAAACCAAUGUUUUCAAUGCUACAUUUCAUAUCUGGCACUCAGGACAUUUUGGAACUAUAAAUUCCUUCCGUUUAGGCAGACUCCCAAGUGCACCAGUUGAUUGGAGCGAGAUAAACGCUGCUUGGGGACAAACGACCUUACUGUUAACAGCUCUUGCUCGAAAAAUGAAUCUCACGUUCAAACGUUUUCGUUUAGUGCCAUUUGGUAAUCACAGUUACAUCGAAGCACUUGACCAGCACAGAGAACUUCCUUUAUAUGGAAGUGGAGGAUUUAAAUUUUUAUGGGAUACAAAGUUCGACGCGGGAAUGGUGGCUUUUUUAGAUUGUUUACAGCAGUUUAAAGAACAAGUGGAAAAGGGGGAUAGUGGAUUCUGUCUUCCAUACAGAAUGGAUCGCGGUAAAAUCGAAGACUCCGCAACCGGCAACUCUUACUCUAUCAAAAUUCAAUUUAAUUCUGAAGAACAAUGGACCAAGGCAUUGAAGUUUCUUCUGACCAAUCUAAAAUGGGGUCUUGCCUGGGUUAGUUCUCAAUUCACAAAAGAUGAAGCUGAGCAUUAACUCAACAUCAGUUUAUCUGAAUUCAUUGUCUUACUAUACAUCUCUUUCACAUUCACUUAUGUACAUACACGUUAUUUGUAAAUAAACUCAAUUAAAAGAUAAUCUUU